GGGCAAAAUCACAAAUUUUGAAUAGUGAACUUGUUUUUAUUGCUUAAAACUCAAAAUCUUAAUAAAUAUGGCAUUAUAUUAAAUAACUUAAUUUUCACAUUUAAUUAUGACCAAUCUUUACUUCGAUAUUAGGGAUGAUCAGUGGCCGUUGGUAUAUGAUGAAAAAUACAAUGUAUCAGUUUUUGGUCUUGAAAGAUUUCAUGUAUUCGAUGCUAAGAAAUGGCGUAACAUUAUUCAAUAUUUAAAAGAUGCAGAUUUCAUAACAGAUGCCUGUUUAGUGAAGCCACUUCCAGCGAAAAAGAAUGAUCUUCUUGUUGUUCACACUAAAAGAUACCUCAAGUCUUUAAAAUGGAGCACCAAUGUGGCGAUAAUAGCUGAGGUACCUGUAGUAGCUUGUCUGCCAAAUAUGUUUGUACAGUGUGCAUAUUUGAAGCCAAUGAGAUUACAAACUGGAGGGUCAGUAUUAGCAGGCAAGCUGGCUUUGGAGAGGGGAUGGGCGAUUAACGUGGGAGGUGGGUUUCACCACUGUAGCAGCGAUAAAGGGGGUGGGUUCUGCCCUUACGCCGAUAUUACCUUGCUUAUACGAUUCCUCGUCAUGAAUGGCUUGAUACAGAAUGCAAUGAUUGUUGAUUUGGAUGCACACCAGGGCAAUGGUUACCAACGUGACUUCCUCGGUGUACCAGAAGUAUACAUAAUGGAUAUGUAUAACCGUAACAUUUAUCCUAAAGAUAAAGAGGCCAAGCAAGCAAUACGAAGAAAGGUUGAACUUGCCAACAGAGUUGAAGAUUUAGAGUAUAUGCUCAAGUUGAGACAAAAUCUAAAGGCUGCACUAAAAGAGUUUAAGCCAGAUAUUCUGGUGUACAAUGCUGGCACUGAUAUUUUGGAUUCUGAUCCUCUUGGUCAUAUGCGGAUUAGCGAAAUUGGAAUCAUAAAACGCGAUGAAUUCGUGUUUGAAAUGUGCAAAGAACAAAACAUUCCAAUAGUAAUGCUCACCAGCGGCGGGUACCUGAGGAACACUGCAAAGAUUAUAGCCGAUUCGAUACUCAAUCUGCACAGGAAGGGACUGAUAACCGGCACGUAUGGUGAUAAUGGUGAUGAAGGUAUUUGAAUUUCCAACAGAUUAUGUAAGGGCUGAAACAUACUAGGUACUUUUAGGGGUUGUUUCGAACAUAUUUCUCUGCAUUCCUCUAACAACAAUCAUCUAAUAAACUUAUUUUAAAUAUUAGAAAGGUUUUGUCCUGUACUUAAUAACUAUUUUGUUGUUUUGUAAGAAUGGUGACAAAACAUUGUAAUAGUGAAAAUUGGGUUUUUGUGAUUUUAGUUUAGUAUA